UCACAAAUUGAAUAGCAUGUUGGGAAGGAAACCCAGCCUCUUCAGCACCACGAUUAACAUACCGCUAUAUAUCCUUCCACAGACCAGAAAUUUUGUUGCUUUUUGAGUAUCUUUCACUUUUACUCCCACUCUUCUCUCUUCAAAUCGAACAUAAACCACAGGAACACAACCCUACGCAAAAGCCACACCCAAUUCUCUCAGUUUUUGGCAAAAAAGAAAGAAAGAAGAACUUGGGAACAGUUUCGGUUGUUGUUUUGAUAUAUCCUUCAACGAUUAUUGCAGCAUCUUCCGGUACGCAGAGUGAGUAAGUGUCAUUGUUCUUCAAUUUAUUGCUCCCAAUGAAACGUGGGUACCAGGAAUCUCCUUCGACCUCGGUAGGUCCACCUCAAUCCAAAGCUAGGCAUGAUCCUCAAGGUAGUGCAAAUUUUCUUGAGGAUGAAAGCACGAAGAUUUUUGCUCGGAAAGUAGCUGAUCAUUACAGUGCAAGGUCCAACCAGACUUUGGAAGAACGGGAGGCCAGUCCAAUAAUUCAUUUGAAGAAACUCAAUAACUGGAUUAAGAGCGUUUUAAUUCAGCUUUAUGCUCGUCGAGGAGAUGCAGUACUUGAUCUAGCCUGUGGCAAGGGUGGUGAUCUUAUCAAAUGGGACAAGGCCAAAAUUGGAUAUUAUGUUGGUAUUGACAUUGCCGAAGGCUCGAUCAAAGACUGUCGAACACGUUACAAUGGUGAUGCUGACCAUCAUCAGCGACGUAAAAAGUUUACAUUUCCUGCUCGCCUUAUAUGUGGAGAUUGUUAUGAGGUUCGCUUGGACAAAGUUCUUGCGGAUGAUGCUCCUUUUGAUAUUUGUAGUUGCCAGUUUGCAUUGCAUUACUCAUGGUCUACAGAAGCUCGUGCCCGGCAAGCAUUAGCUAAUGUGUCAGCUUUACUUCGUCCAGGAGGCAUUUUCAUUGGAACUAUGCCUGAUGCCAAUGUGAUUGUCAAGAAGCUUAGAGAAGCUGAAGGAUUAAAUUUCGGUAACAGUGUCUAUUGGGUGCGUUUUGAUGAAGAAUUUUCUGAUAAGAAAUUUAAAUCUUCCAGCCCCUUUGGAAUAAAGUAUACGUUCCAUUUGGAGGAUGCUGUUGAUUGUCCUGAAUGGAUUGUUCCCUUCCACAUAUUCAAGUCGUUAGCUGAAGAGUAUGACUUUGAGCUUGUUUUCGCAAAAAACUCGCACGAAUUUGUGCACGAGUAUAUGAAAAAACCGGAAUUUGUGGAGCUCAUGCGAAGACUAGGUGCAUUGGGAGAUGGAAACCAAGAUAAUAGUACACUCUCAGCUGAUGAAUGGGAGGCAGCAUAUUUAUACAUGUCAUUUGUAUUGAGAAAGCGAGGUCAACCUGACAAAAGCCAACAGGGUAGCAGAAGGGAUCGUGGGUCCAUGCACAUUGCAGAGGAAGACAUCAUGUACAUUACUGAUUACUGAACAAACUACAACCUGUUUCUCAAAUUUCUAGCAUGGAAUGGAUUAGGGCAUGAAGAUGCCAUUACUUUUGAUCUCACAAUCUUGACCUCUAGCAACCUUUUUGCUGCUUGAAUUUUUGUAGGGUGCACUAUAAAUUAUUCAAAACAAAAUUUGUACCUCCAAAUUUGUAUUAGCUUCUGGUUCUGGAUUAGACAUGUGGCAGUUUAUUUUAGCAAACUCCCUCACACUAAUAUAUUCUUCCCUGUUUCAGCA